UUGCAUCCCAUAAUGUGCAGCUCAGCCAAUUCGGCGUGACCACUCUCUGAGACAGACGGGGUAUACAAUCAGACCAUAUCUUGGUAAAAUGCAUGAAUCAAUGUAAUGUUUAACGUAUUACUUGGAGAUAAAACACAUACAGAUAAUUUCAAACACACACCACUGCUGUGGUUAUCAGACAUCCUCGAAUCGAAUUUGAAAUUCAAAUGUGAAAAUGGUAGAAUCCAGUUUUGUUUGGCAGCGGAACGCGUCAUCACUGAAUUGAUAGGAAAAGCACUGGGGGCUUGUCUGGACGAAUGGCGAAUAUGGACUAUCAGCGGGACGUUCAAAAUUUCAGGAGAAAUGCAAGUGUUCGGUCCUCGUGUUCCUCUCUCGCAAUGGAGAUAAAAAGAAAGAAGAUAAGUGAGAGCACUGUAUUCUUGCAAUCAGAGGACUCUAACAUGCAGGAGAAGAUAGACUUUGAGAUCCGCAUGCGGGACGGGACCUACAAGCUCCUGGUGGCCAGCACCAAUAGAGAGCAGAUCCUGAAUGCCUCCAAGAACCUCCUGACCUGCAACACUCGGAUCAAAGCCUACAUGACAGAAAUGCACAAUGAGAACCAUGGUAUGAGAGUCGCAUCUCAGAGACUAUCAGAUCGAGUUUCAGAUGAUCGUGUGGCCUGCAGAGGAAGAGUGGCCUUGUCUGGGCUGCGCAUACCGUUGAUGUGGAAAGACUCUGACCACUUUAAUAACAAAGGGAGUACGCGGCGGGUUGCCAUCUUCUGCCUGAUGAGAAUUGGAUCUGAAGUUUUUGACACUGAGAUGGUGGUUGUGGACAGAUCGAUGACUGAUGUUUGUUUUGAGGGUGUAACAGUUUUUAACGGUGUUGGGCCUGCCUUCGAGCUGAAAGUGGAGCUGUAUAGCUGUGCCAUAGAGGAGGAGACCAUCCUGGUCAACACCCCAAAGAAACUGGCUAAGAAGUUACGCAGCUCUUUUGGCAGGGCAUCUGGGAGGAAACUCUGCCCCCUGCUUGAAGCUGGAGACCCUGACGCUUUCCUGCAGUCCAACCCAAUACCGCUGGGGGCAAGGUACAGCCUGCUGGCGUACACCUCUCUGGGCUUGGCCUGGGCCGAUGGGGCCUUCCAGUCCCAUUCUCUCAUUGUCCUCCAGGAUGCUGAGUCGUCCUCCUGGCUGCCCCUCUAUGGGAACCUCUGCUGUCGUCUAGUUGCCCAGCCCGUCUGUAUGACCCAGGACAUGAUGAAUGGCUAUCUGAUUCAGCAGCAAAGUGUGGAGGGGCUGCCCCGGUACUGCAGCCUGUACUGUGUGCUCAGGGCUGGGAGGCUGUUCUGCUACUACACCCCUGAGGAGAUUACUGCCAAGGUGGAUCCCAGCCUCAUCAUACCCACCAACAAGGACACUAGGAUCCGUGUGGUGGAUAAGGGCCCUCAGAAGAGGUCCAACAGUCUGACCAUCACCAACCCAGUGGUGGGGGGGGCUUUGACCAACAUCUUCACAACUGACAGCAGGGAGGAGCUGGAGGACUGGAUGGAAGCAUUCUGGCAGCACUUCUAUGACCAGAGUCAGUGGCAGCACUGCUGUAGUGAGCUGAUGAAGAUUGAGGUUACGUCACCAAAGAAACCCCCACUCUUCCUCACCAAACAGGCUGACUCUGUCUACAAUGACCUGAGUAUAAAUUCUCCUGGAAAGUUUGAGAGUAUCACCGACAUCAUCCACAGCAAAAUUGAGGAAACAGGGGGCCACUUCCUCAUUGGUGAGGAGGAGGCAAGGGAGCCUCCUAAAUGGUCUGCUCUGUUUGACGGGUCCAUCCCCAUAGUGGUGCAGAAGAGUGUUUUGUCUCCGGGCAAAGAGAGUCCCUGUCCCAGCCCAACUCCCAGCUCUGUCUCCAACGACAACAAGAAAAGGCGUGCCCCGCCCCCACCUGCUGACAAGCAGCCUUUCAGCCUCCCACCAGCCAGACCCCCUCCUCCAUAUCAGGAAAAGGAGAAUGUUGGGGCGCGAACCAAGACGGGACGACCUUCGCUGGACGCCAAGUUCUCUGCCAUCAUCCAGCAGCUGCAGAGGAACCCUGGUGGCCUGUCCAGAAAGAACGCCCCCUUGGGCCAGAUAGAGCCUCUCCAGCAGGACUUGGAGUACCCCCAGACUCCUGAUGUCCCCCCCAGGCCUACCCCCGUCCCUGCUCCACGCAACAAACUGAGGAAGUCCUUUAGGGAGAAGAUGAACCCUAAAGCCUGGUGACUGACUGAACCUCACCUGGGACUAAAGCCUGAAGCCAGGGUCACCAGUGGCCCAAAUAUGCCUUUUAACUUUUACUAAUAGGACCUAUUUGGGUGUUUUUAGGGACAUUUCUUAAUGACUAAGCAACCUUCCUUUAAUGAAAUGGUCUUAUUCCAAUGUGUGUCCAAUAACUCACUGUAGGAAUAUUAUCAUGUAUAGACUGCAAAUACACUUCUGAAUGUGGGACCUUUGGGAUAAAUAAUGUUCUCUUGGUUCUUUUGGCAUGGUGUACCUAACCACUAUGAUGAUAUACUAUGAUAAUAGUCCUUAAUGCAUUGGCCUUUCUAACCAGAAUAUAUCACUGAAUCGAUAUAUAUUGAACACUUAUCAGCGACACAGUGAAUAGUGGAUCAAAUGUAAGCAUUGCAUGAAAUGAUCUUAUAGGCCAGUAGAGGAGAAAAUAAUUUCAGUUUUGCGCUGCACUCUAUAUAAGCAGUGGCCUGAAGAUUGAAAUGGAACAAUUGACUUUCUAGCGGACCAAACUAAUGCACAGUACACUGUGGCCUGAGCCAGUUAUCACUUUGUUUUCUAUUCUUUUUAAAAACGUUUUUUAAAAUAUGUAUAGCGACAAUGGAUUUUAAGGAACUGUUUUGGAAUUGUAGAUGUAUCAUCAUUAUUGUUCCAAAUAAUUAGCCAUUUAUUUAGCCGUUAGCACUUGUUUAGUAGUUAGGCUAGCAUUUGCUAAAAUACACAGGAUUUCAAAGCACCAUGCCGUUUGUCAUUUUUUAACACUUUUAAUGCAUAUUCGUUAACAAUAUUCGGUGAAAUGUCUGAAGUUAAUGAAGUUAAUUUCUGAUUUGUUAUUUUUAAAUGCGUAUUGUGGAUGGUCUGUGUAGCCCUAACAUAUUCGAUUAUCUUGUUUCCCUCUCGUAUACUGUAAGAUAUCUAACGGUCUUUGAUGUUGUGGAUUAAAACUCAUUUCUACUACUUAAAAAAAAACACAUUUUAAAAAACAUCAAUAAAAAUAAAUUUAGCAUGUU